GCUGGAUGGAACAGGAAGAUAAUCAGGGGGUGUGUGAAUACCAGUCUUCCGAAGACAGAGGCAUGGGUUCUGACUUUGAGAACUCCGAGGACCAAGAAGGAGACCCAGAAGAAAGAGGAGUGGGCUCUAAUCCACAGGACACAGAAGAGAGAGGCCACCUGGAGCAGGAGUUGGACUCCAACCCACAGGAUGAUGACCUAAGAGGGGACCCACCAGAGAGGGACAUAGUGUCCACUGUCUGUUCAGAGGGGCUGCUGAGUGAGGAAGAAGGGGCUAUCCUCCGUGAAGAAGAGGACGACCAGCCUGGUGUGGCUGACAUGGCGCUGUUCCCAGGACUGUCAGAAUCUGACAGCAUAACCCGGAGUCCCCAGGGAGAGGAAGAGGAGGAGGAAGAGGAAGAGGAGGAAAGCGCUGGGGAGAACCGCUUGAUAGAGGAGGAAGAGCCAUUGCCUACUCCGGUGCUUCCUUGGAGGCGUCACCUCUCCCUGGGCGGUCGACACCGGGGUGACAAGCCUGCUCAUCGCCGCUUCCACCGGCUCCAUCACCCCAUGGCCGUGGACCUCGGGGAACUCGACAGCCUCAUGGCCAGCAUCAUGGACGCGCCCACCAUCUGCCCGGACUGCGGGGAGAGCUUUAGCCCAGGCGCCGCAUUCCUACAGCACCAGCGCAUCCACCGCCUGGCGGAGGCCGCGGCCAUGGCCAGCCUGGAGCCCUUCGGUUUGGCUGGGGAGUGCGGAGGAGUGGUGGGGAUGAUGGGCGUGGGCAUGGGCGUGUCCGGCGGCUUCGGGGCGGGGCCGACGUUGGCCCGGCCCCCUCGCGAGAAGCCCUUCCGCUGCGGCGAGUGCGGCAAAGGCUUCAGCCGCAACACUUACCUGACCAACCACCUGCGGCUGCACACGGGCGAGCGGCCCAACUUGUGCGCCGACUGCGGCAAGAGCUUCAGCUGGCGCGCCGACCUGCUCAAGCACCGGCGCCUGCACACGGGCGAGAAGCCCUACCCGUGCCCGGAGUGCGGCGAAGCCUUCAGCCUCAGUUCCCACUUGCUCAGCCACCGGCGCGCGCACGCGGCGGCAGGCGGCGCGGGCUCGGCAGGCUCGGCGGCGGCGGCGGCGGCGCUGCGGCCCUUCGCGUGCGGGGAGUGCGGCAAGGGUUUCGUGCACCGCUCGCACCUAGCCAACCACCAGCGCAUCCACACCGGCGAGAAGCCGCACGGCUGCGGCGAGUGCGGCAAGCGCUUCAGCUGGCGCUCGGACCUGGUGAAGCACCAACGCGUGCACACGGGUGAGAAGCCCUACAUGUGCUCCGAGUGCGGCGAGACCUUCAGCGUGAGCUCGCACCUUUUCACGCACAAGCGCACGCACUCGGGCGAGCGGCCCUACGUGUGCCGGGAGUGUGGCAAGGGCUUCGGCCGCAACUCGCACCUGGUUAACCACUUGCGCGUGCACACCGGGGAGAAGCCCUUCGGCUGCGGCCAGUGCGAGAAGCGCUUCAGCGACUUCUCCACGCUCACGCAGCACCAGCGCACGCACACGGGCGAGAAGCCCUACACGUGCCUCGAGUGCGGCAAGAGCUUCAUCCAGAGCUCCCACCUCAUCCGCCACCGGCGCAUCCACACCGGCAACAAGCCUCACAAGUGCACGGGCUGCGGCAAGGGCUUCCGCUACAAGACGCACCUUGCGCAGCACCAGAAGUUGCACUUAUGCUAGGGCGGGCAUCUGAACCUGGUGGCAGUAGGAGUCAUCUGACUACUGAUCUGUAGAUGUCGGGGAAGGGGCGGGAAGGACAGCCUGAGAGUAUCUGGGGGAGCCUUUUGGUGUUUGGGGGCCCCCAAGGGAACGGUUAAUAAGAGUUGUUAUUUCGAGGUGCCUACCUCCACCAUCGAAGUGACUCUUAGAGGUUCUUGACUUGAUAGCUUACUUAAAUACACACUGCAAGGAGUGAAGAGCUUGGGUGAGCAGACGCUUGGAGGACCCCGAGGAAAGGCACUUGGGACUGUAGAGAGGGUUGGGCUGCCGUGCUUGUGAGAACCGGGAUAGGUAAUUUGAUUAGAGUUACAGGGGUACAAUAAGACGCAGGUAGAAAUAAGGCUGUCACACUUUCGGGGAGUGGUAAGCCUGCGUUUGUCCUGAAACCUCUCACAUCAGCUCUAGUACGACCCUUUUCAUCUCUAUAGAAAAGGUUCCCUUUCUAUGAGCCUCAGCUGCUAUUUUGAGACACCCAGGGGAAACUGAACAGAAAAACUACACAAUUACUUCACAGGGCAAACAUUGAGUUUAGAAAUUGACAUAAAUUGGUCCUCAGAUCUCUUAGGAACCCCUACACCUGUUUCUUCGCUAAUUCCUGAAACUACUCAAGCUUCGUGUAGGGUCCCGAGUGCCUAGGGAUGGCCCCAAGGGCAAUGUAAGUCAGGACCUGCCUGCCAGGUCUCAGUUCAACUUGGAGAGUAAGAUUCAGGAGAACAGUAGACUGUCAAUGUCUGCCUCAGAAACCUGUUCACAAAAGCCAACCAGCUAGCUCAGUUUUGCUGGCUUUGUGUAGAGCAGGAAAGCCCAGUUCACAGGAUGGGAUGCCUUCAUUUGCAUGUGUGUGCCCUGACCCUACAAACCCCAACUUAUCCACAAAUUAACGAGGGAUGUGAUCCAAACAAGAUCCCCCCGCCCCCCAAUGUACCAGACACUAUGUACAUGUGGAAUGUACAGUUAGGGAGAGGUGGAAACACAAAAUUGCCAAAUAGCACAAACAGUGAAUGUUUUCUAGUUAUCUGAGAUGCCAAAACAGCACUUUUGUAUUUAACGGAGUGCUUUAUGCUUUUUAAUGAUUGUUAGUGUUUCUCACAUGCGUGUGAGAUAAAUCAGUAUUGCAAACUGUGAUUUGGGAAAAGUCUGGGGUAGGAGUGUGGCAAGCCUUUCAAAGAAAGGCUGAGGACCAUGAAUGGUGGAGCCUGACCUUUUGUGUUCUCAAGCUCGGUUGCUAGGAUAGCUUACGUACUCUGAUUUAUGUAAUAAAGCAAGAAGACUGAGCAUUCUUACACUUGAUGGAAAAAUUAAAGCCUAGAAGGACCAAAGAUGUCCUUAUUGACAAAGCUGGCCUUUGUCACCUGAUUCCAGUGUUCUCACUGUGCUCUAUUCCAAGUAGGGAACUGUAGUCAAAUGACUUGUAUAGAUUUGGGUUACCUACUCCGAAAAUCUCUCCCCUAGAUUAGCCUUUAGAAGUUAGUGUCGUGGCAGGCAGUAACGUUUUCCUCACUAACAUUUAUUACCCUAGAUUGUUCAUAGGAAUCUUGAACUGUCGGAUACAGGUGAAGGUGGGGUGGGGAAACUAUACAAUUGUUUUUACACUUCUAGCCAAGUUUCUGUGAAUGCUAGCGAUUUAUACUUGAUGAUUUGUAUCUUAGUGAUGAGCUUCUCUGGGGACUCUAGGGAAGCAUUUUUGUUUUUUAUUUUUUAAUUUUUUUUUUCAUUUUAGAACACUAAAAAUCUGGAGAACAUCUGGGCUUUUGUAUAUUACCUGCUGAUUUUGUCCACAUAAUCUGUGUCCUGUUGUUCACAGUUGGAAAUAGGGGUAGUUUUGAAAAGCACUAAUUCCCUUCCAGUUUUCCUGAGUGAAGAUUUACACAUGCAGACUCUGUGCCCCUUAUUUAUUCUGACGCUUGCCCUCUGAAUGCCCAGUGUAUGAGACCUACUUAAAACAGCACAGCCAAUUUGUAGGCAAUCUUAAUAUUCUCUCAUCCCUCCCUCCCCCACCCCCCAAGGUU